AUUUUUAACUUUUUUUGUUGAUUACACUUUCAUUGUUUGAUUUACUCAGCAGAAUUGUAGAUGGUCUUAUUCAGUCAUAGAAGCAGGAUUGGUGACUUGUUCAGUCAUAGUAAAAAAGGCUAGUUUUUUGAAGUUUAUUGACUGCCAAUAUCAUUCAACUAUAUCAUAUACGUACAUGGAAGCUAUAAAAGGCACUUCAUGUUUUCAUGGAAGUGCAAGGAAAAGAGUUCUUACUUGAAAAGCAUUAGCAAAGAGAGAUAGAAAAAUCGGGAGAGAAGUUCUAGUUUCAUCUCCUAUUAGUUCAUUGCAUCCUAUAUUGAUCUUUCUAAGAUGGACUAUUAUAAGCUUGUAAUGGGAGGAAUUAUAGCUUCUCUUUGGGCAUCAGUUUUGUUUUACUUCUUAAGAGGAAAGAAAAACGGCACAACUAAAGCGAACAAUUUCAUGGAUGAAACUUCGCAGAGGCCCAGAAGAGAAAUAUGCCACUCUGAGAUAGCUAUGACGCCUGACAUUAUCAUUGUUGGGGCCGGUGUGGCUGGUUCAGCUCUUGCUUACGCUCUUGGACAAGAUGGUCGCCAAGUUCAUGUAAUCGAGAGAGACUUGAAUGAGCCUGACAGAAUUGUCGGGGAACUCCUACAACCUGGUGGUUAUUUGAAACUAAUUGAAUUGGGUCUUGAAGAUUGUGUUGAAGAGAUUGAUGCUCAACAAGUGUUUGGAUAUGCUAUUUACAAGGAUGGAAAAAGUACUAAGCUAUCCUAUCCCCUGCAAAGUUUUGAAUCAAAUAUAGCAGGAAGAAGUUUUCACAACGGUCGUUUCAUACAAAGAAUGCGCGGGAAGGCUGCAACUCUUCCCAAUGUAAGAUUGGAGCAAGGAACAGUGACAUCUCUUCUUGAAGAAAAGGGAACUGUUAAAGGGGUGAUAUACAAAACUAAAACUGGUCGAGACUUGACAGCACAUGCUCCCCUUACAAUAGUAUGUGAUGGUUGUUUUUCAAACUUGAGGCGCAAGCUUUGCGAUCCCAAGGUUGAUAUCCCCUCUUGUUUCGUUGCUUUGGUUCUAGAGAACAGCACUCUUCCAUAUGAAAAUCAUGGACACGUGGUUCUUGCUGACCCUUCACCGAUUUUGUUUUAUCGUAUCAGUGGCACUGAGAUUCGUUGCUUAGUUGAUGUACCUGGCCAAAAAGUACCCUCCAUAUCAAAUGGCGAAAUGGCACAAUAUUUGAAAAGUGUGGUUGCACAUCAGAUUCCAACCGAGCUGUAUCCAUCAUUCAUAUCUGCAAUUGACAAAGGAAAUAUAAGAACAAUGCCGAAUAGAAGCAUGCCAGCUUCUCCAUCUCCAACUCCAGGUGCUCUUUUGUUGGGAGAUGCAUUCAACAUGCGACAUCCUUUGACUGGAGGAGGAAUGACUGUUGCUCUUUCUGAUAUUGUUUUAUUACGAAACCUUCUUAGACCUCUGCACAGUCUAAAUGAUGCAUCUGCUCUGUGCAAAUACCUCAAACCCUUUUAUACUCUUCGAAAGCCAAUGGCGUCUACUAUAAAUACAUUGGCAGGUGCACUUUACAAAGUUUUCUCUGCAUCAACUAAUUGUGCAAGAAAUGAAAUGCGACAAGCUUGUUUUGACUAUUUAAGCCUUGGAGGUAUAUUUUCAAAUGGACCAAUAGCUCUUCUCUCUGGCCUGAACCCUCGCCCUUUAAGCUUAGUCCUACAUUUCUUUGCUGUGGCUAUCUACGGUGUUGGUCGCUUGCUGCUUCCAUUUCCUUCACCCAAAAGCAUCUGGACUAGUGCUAGAUUGAUAACGGCUGCAUCAGGUAUCAUAUUUCCAAUAGUGAAGGCAGAAGGAGUUAGACAGAUGUUCUUCCCUGUAACCAUGGCAUCAUAUUAUAGAGCUCCUCCUAGCUAUUGACAACCAAUUAGCAUAAAAUUUUUGCAGUUUCAAUAGUAUAGUUUCUAUCAAUUGUUCUAUUCUUUUUUGAAAAUGUAUGUAGAUCAAAUUUGCAAGUGGAAGAGAAGUUGUGCUGUAUACAUUAGUAAACUUCUAGGAAUUCUUUGUCCAACCAAAAACAAUUGUUUCCAUGUAAUGUUUAAUUAUUCAAUUUCUCAAAUGAUACAAACACAUUGAUUGAUUAUAGUGUAUUGUAUAAUCCACACUUUAGUGUGGAAAUUGUAUUUGACACUUAGAAAAUUAUGUAAAAUAAAUUCUCAGAGAAGUCUGAGAAAAAAAGGAAAACCUGACACAGCUUCCUUGA